AUGGUUUACGCUUUGGCAAGCGCAGGCCAGUAUGAAAAAGCUCGAUCAGUGAUUGAAGUACGUUUUGUGAAAAAUUUGGAUCAAAAUAGUGCAGCAGACAAUGUUUUGUUGGCAAACACUUUAAGGAUCGCUUACGUGCUGGCGAAAGUAGAACGUUGCAACGAUGACGGCGAUGUGUUUGAGAUUUUGAAUGGAAUUUCAAGUGGUAGCGAUCUGCCAGAAGAGUAUGCGAUGCCAGCGUAUGAAAUAUUAUUCGCGCUUGCAAGGCGAGCAAAUUCGGCCAGCAUUGAAAAAGUACGCUUUUUUUUUAUUCGAAUAUGCAGUACAGACAGGUCGAGAAUGAGGGCAGUUCUAACAAAAGAAUUCCCGUCAGCAAUUCGUAAGCAACAAAACUUGCCCGAUAUUGUCCGGAUGUGUUUAGUCUUCCAGAAAUGUCACCUUUUAAAGUCGAGAAUGAGAGCAGUUCUAACAAAAGAAUUCCCGUCAGCAAUUCGUAAGCAACAAAACUUGCCCGAUAUUGUUCGGAUGUGUUUAGUCUUCCAGAAAUGCCGCCUUUUAAAGCACCCGCUUCGAGAUUGUCUGCGAGAUGUGGCCUCCACUUUUCCGGAGCAUUUUCACGAACUUUUUGGAUUGUACCGAGGCACGGAAGAUUUCGCAGCAAUACAGGAGAGGCCUCAUUUGCAGCUUCCUGUGGCGGUACAACAUUAUAAUGAAGUAAUAAUUCCAUUUGUUUGCUAA